AUGCCGCCGUCUCACCCAGCUUCAGCUCCAGCGCCAGGGCCACAGGCCGCCCAGCGACAGGAGCCACUGCCCUUUCUCGCAACGGCCCUCUCAUAUACGGGCGCUUCUGGGCCUGGCUCUGCUUCCUCGGGAGGCUCAGGUACAGGUCCGGGUACAGGCACCGGCACGGGCUCGGGCAUAGGUAGCUUCUCUAUCAAUGGUAACGGCGUGGCUGGUACUCAUGCCGCCAACGCCAUGGCGCGUCCUCCUGGCCAAGCUGCCUCGCCUCUGUCCAUGGCCCUCGCCCCGGAUGUCGACGACCUGGAUGCCGACGGCGACGUCAACGCCAACGGUCCACAGUCGCCGGCAGACGCCGCCGGCAUGAACCGCCGUCCGGGGAAGCGUCCGGCAGCCCGCGGCACGGCCUUCUAUCCCCGGAAGCGAGCCAACACGGCCUGCCAGGUUUGCAGAGCCCGCAAGACCAAGUGCGACAACAAGAAGCCCGCCUGUAGCUACUGUGUCAGCGUCGGCGCCACGUGCAUUCAGUCCCCAGUGGAUCUGUCAAGCUUCGACCCCGCCAGCCUGAAGAUCCUCGAUCGUAUCGACGAGCUGGAGCGUCUACUGCGGCAUGCUGUGCCCUUGCCUGGCGCUGCCGACGCUGCGGCGCCACUGUCGGCUCUCGCUCCGGCUCCAGGCUCGGCCCUCUCCAGCCAACACCGGCUGCCCCCACUCUCGCGAUCCAGGGCGUUUGACAGCGCCGGCGGCGGAAUCCACGGCCAGAGUUCCAGUGUGAGCAGCCUCUCGGGGCUCAGGAAUCCAGAUGAUGAGCUGGAUCUCACCAGCCUGCUGCCUCAGCGUGUGGAUCACAUCCUGCAGUGGCCAGCUUUCCAGAAUUCCGGUACCCACCACCAUUCGCCAGCCUCAUUUCGCGCCCCUCCCGAUGCCAUCGCAACCCCUCCUUCGGGGUCGGCCUCGCUGGCUGGCCUCAUUGAUAUGGAUUCCCAUCGCAUAUACAGAUUGCUGGACAACUUUUUCCUCCACAUCCAUUGCAAGAACCCCAUCCUCGACGAGGUCUUGGCCCGCCGCAUGGUCCUCAACGCCUUUCUGGACGGCAUAGACUGGUCUCCCGCCUCGUGCCUUGCCCUCAUAAUAUGCGCCUUGGGCUGUAUUGCCACGCCCUUUGGCCCCAGUGGGGAAACCAAACUGGGCACCCAGACCUACAACGACUCUCAAAUCUUCUUCCAAGCCGCCCAGAAGCGUAUCGGCAUCUUGCUUGUGCGCUCCGACAUUGUGGGGGCGCAGUGUCUGUUCCUGUCGGGCAUCUACCUCAUGAUGGUCUUCCAGCCCGUCUACGCUUGGCGCUUCUUCUCUCAGGCUUUGGCCGCCUGUCAACAUUUCCCCUUUUUGGCUCGAGCCCAGAACCUCAACACCUCUCUGGAUGCCAUGGAGAUGGGUCGCCAAGACACCCAAGAGCAAGCCGUCUAUUGGUCAGCGUGGAAGUCAGAACGAGAGCUACGACAGGAGCUAGACCUUCCUGAUUUCGAUAUCCUCCACUCUGGCAGCACUUUAUAUCCGCCCUUCUUCCCCGCACCACCGGUUGCCCCGGCCGAGUCUCCGGAUGGGCCCGAUACCGAGACCCAGCGUGCUCGUGCCGCCUGGCUCUUCUACCUGGCGGAGAUCUCGCUCCGUCGCCUCACCAGCCGUCUCUCCAGAGAGGCGCUAGACCUUCGUCAGCGCUAUGCCUCUGACUCCAUGUUGAUAGACAUGCUUUUGGACAUGAUGCCCGAGUACGAGGCCCAGAUCCGAGAAUGGUCGGACAGCCUCCCCGCGGACCUCUCCAUUCACACUCCUGUGGAGGAGGACGGCAUUUGUCGGUCGGUUCUCCGAGGGCGGAUGAUUAACUUGUUUGAGCAGAUAUACUGGCCCUUUGUCAUGGCCAGCAUCAGUGCUCACACCGCGAGGCGUCCGGUCAAGCCUGCCGUGGCAGAGUUUGCCAAAAGAGGGUUGGAGACGCACAUGCACCAGGUGCAUGUAAACAAGCCCGGCUUCCACCACCGACACCAUGGAAGCAUGUUCAUGAUACGAGCCUGUACACGGAGUGCUUUGGUUCUAUUGGCGGCCGCCAAAGCCGGUUGCGCGAUGCCCACUGACUGGGAGGAUUCUGUUUACAAGACUGUCGGCAUGUUAGCAUAUUGGGAGGAUGAAGAUCGAGACUUGAUACAUUGGAGAUCAACGUUGGAGCGAGAGCUUGCCCUUGCUCGUCAUGAAUGA